CUUGUCUCUUUCUGGCCUCGGCUGUAGAUUCGGCGUGUUACGCUACGUUACGAACGCAAGUGCUGGAUUCAUCCUCUUUAAUCGCGCUCAAGACAGCGCAAAAACCGCCACCAAAAUGGAGGUAUCGUACGCGUGCAACCUGAAUAACAGGUUCGAGCUGUUUCUUGAUGAAGAGAACGACCCACUGGAUAUGCUGGCCAAGCAGGAGCAGGCCCAUCGCAAAGCCGGGGAUAAGAAGGAAGGAGGUAAGAAGGACGCCGGCAAGAAGAAGGGUCUUAGCAAGACUCUUGUUGAGUCUGUAAAAACGAUUGCUGCUGCUGUAGAUUCCAAUAAUCCUCCGGCGAGGCCUCUAGCGCGUCGCAACGACGGAGCACCCUCUGCUGCCGCUGGUGGACAGUCGCGCUCUGAGGGCGGUCCGCGUGCGCCUCGCCGCAACGACAAUCCCAACAUUGAACGACGAAACAACGAGCGGAACUUUGAACCUCGUCCAGAGGGCGGCGAGCGCCCUCCAAGGGAUAAUCGCGGUGGUGGGGCGAGAGGGGACGGUCCCCGUGGACCGCGGUUCCCACGUGGGGAAGGAGGCCGCGACGGAGCUCCCCGAUCUCAAAGGGGUGGUCAAAGGGAGUUUGAUCGUCGCUCAGGUGAUGUACGGUCCGGAGUGAAAUCGGUCGAGAAACGCGGAGGCCAAGGUGCAUACAACUGGGGCAGUGCAACGGAUACGUCAGCGAACGACCAGGGCGAUCUUGAACAGCAACAGGGAUCGAACGCUAAUGCCAGUAACGUUAACCAGGACAGCAGCCGCGAAGAGAUUGCGGAAGGCGGUGAAGAAGCGAGCGCGCCCGCCGGAUCCGAGGUUGUCGAGAUGACGCUCGAACAAUGGAAAAAAGAACAGGCAGCCAAGCAAUCGAAGGCCGAGUACUCCGCAAAUAUCCGCAAGCCUAACGAGGGUGAGAAGGACGACCCUAAACUGAAGAAGGCGACCGUCAUCCGCAAAAAGAAAGAAGAGGAAACCUAUGAUAGUGAAGAAGACGCUGAAGAAUCGGAAGACGAGUGCGAGAAGAUGAAAAAACAACUCGAACAGACGCUGGCCUCGCAAUUUCAUUUCGCCGAUCAGCGCAGUGGCCCUCCCCGUGGCGGACGAGGACCUGGUCGCACAGGCCCUGGUGGCCCACGCUUUGGGCAGCCUUCACAAGGCGGGCAUGGCCCCACACCUGGCGUUGCUGGUCCCAACCCCAACGCCAGAACAGGAUCAAAUGCCCGAUCGAAUCGUCCUCAACACACGCCUCGUGUAGAAGAUCUCAACGACUUCCCCUCGCUAGCCGCUUAAGUGCCGCAGCUGCUCCAGUGUCGUCGUCGCCCCCUACAGAAAUGGCAACAAUCGUAACAGCUAAUAACACUACUACUUUAAUAGGAACGCUAGCUAAUCCUAUAAAGCAAUCGCAGAUGCCAGAUGAUAUGAGUGUAAACCAUUUUUUCUCAGAAUCUAUGUUUAAUCUGCGGUCCGAGAGCGUGGGAGAGGGUUGUCUUUAGUUUGAACUAGAGAAAGCUAUUAAAAGGCUUGAAAGCUGGUGGAGGGUCUGUCAUUUUGCUGGAUGGUCUGUUUACUAGAGCAUAAGGCGUCUUCUUCCCACGCUCUCUAAUUUCUGGUACCACAGUUUCGAUUCUGAAAAAAAGCUAUUUUGACCGGGGGGAAGGGGGCGACGAGGAGCUCUGUGAACACCUGCGGUGCCCUUAUCAAUUAUUCGUGAUUGCACGCAGAAAUGGUGUAAGAAGAGGAUUAACAGACGAACAUACGCAAAAGAACAUAACAGUAAGCAAAACAUAAACGAGGUUGACAGAGUUGUUGUUUUUUGUCAUCUUUGUGAAGAGCUAAGUUAAGGCUAUACAAGGAAGGGAAGGAAUUACUGGGCGUUUAUAGGAGUGGGCGAUGUCUACUGACAAAAGUUCGUGCGCUCAGUCGCACCGUCGUCGUUAACCAUUGCAAACCUUAAAGCUUUGAGACAAUGAACCUCGUAGUAUGUAGGUUGCCUGAGACCGAGCAGUGGAUCUUGUGAUCGCAAGCAGCAAAAAAUAGAAACCUACGCAGGUCAAAACCUAGGCAGGCGAAAAAGUUCUAAUCAGACGGAAGUGAUGGGUGGCAGUCAGC